ACAUGGCAUCGUCAGCUGUUUUUGUGAUUUAGCUUAAAGUGGUUUUUUGUCCAGCGUUGGAAAAUUGCACAAAAAACAACUAAAAUAUUAAGUGCGUAUAAAUAUAAACAAACGUGAUAAGUGCGAAAUUAUAGCGCAGCAACAAUCACCACAACUCAAUCAGCCAUUGAAUGCAUGUAAAGCGGUGAAGCGUUUUAAACGAAACGCCAAUAGAGCACAAUAUCAUGAGCUACGAGGAAGACGACUAUCACGUGGACACGUUCCCAAAGGACUUUGGCUAUGGGUCAUUCGAUCAGGAUGGCUUAGACGCUCCCGGUAUGGGCGGCGGUGAAUCGAAGCCUCGCAUCCUGCUAAUGGGUUUGCGUCGAUCCGGGAAGAGUUCAAUACAGAAAGUGGUCUUCCACAAAAUGUCACCAAAUGAGACACUAUUUUUAGAAUCAACGAGCAAAAUCGUGAAGGACGACAUUAACAAUUCCAGCUUUGUGCAGUUUCAGAUAUGGGACUUUCCAGGACAAAUAGACUUCAUAGACCCUACAUUUGAUUCCGAUAUGAUUUUUGGUGGUUGCGGUGCUUUGGUGUUUGUAAUCGAUGCCAAGGAUGACUACAAUGAAGCACUAACGAAGUUCAAAAACACCGUUAUAAAGGCAUAUAAAGUAAAUCCGCGAAUUAAAUUUGAAGUCUUCAUACACAAGGUCGAUGGUAUUAGCGAUGACUCAAAAAUGGAAUCACAGCGUGACAUACAUCAGCGCGCCUCAGACGACCUGAGCGAUGCAGGUCUUAAUCAAAUACAUUUAAGUUUCCAUCUAACUUCCAUUUAUGAUCACUCAAUAUUUGAAGCGUUCUCCAAAGUAGUGCAAAAAUUAAUACCACAGCUACCGACGUUGGAAAAUUUGCUGAAUAUUUUUAUAUCGCAUUCAGGUAUCGAAAAAGCGUUCCUCUUUGAUGUGGUUUCGAAAAUCUACAUCGCCACCGAUUGUUCGCCAGUGGAUAUGCAGAGUUAUGAGCUCUGCUGUGACAUGAUCGAUGUGGUCAUCGAUCUCUCAAGCAUCUACAGCUCCGAAGAAACCGCCUUUGAUCACGAAAGCUCUAGUCUCAUUAAGCUUAAUAACAAUACGAUUUUGUAUUUGCGGGAAGUAAAUAAAUUCCUUGCAUUGGUCUGUAUAUUACGCGAAGAGAAUUUUAAUCGACAAGGUGUGAUCGACUAUAAUUUUCUGUGCUUCCGCAAGGCGAUCAGCGAAGUUUUCGAGUUGCGCAUGAAAAGCCAGAAACUUGAGACUUUGGACGAGCAAAUUGAACCAGAAGAUGUGGCGGACGAGGAUGAAGAUGAACUUGUAGCGCGCGUAAAUGAAAACCAUUUAAAUUAAUUGUACUAAAAACGCCGACCAAAAAAACAAUUGCUUGUGAUUAUUUUGUCCUAUCACAUUGUUUUUACCUAAUCUAAGAUAAUUGAACAAACAACCACAGCAACAAGCAAAUAUAUAUAUAAUGUACAGGAAGUUUACUCUUUUGUUAAGGAAUUGUAUUUGAAA